GAGCAGUUUACGCAGAAGAACGUUACAAUCGUGCGGGGGGUUGAAAAGUUUGGUCCUGGUUGAUUGUUGAAUGAGAUGGAAGACAGCGCCCCUCAUACCCAUCUUAGAGAAACAGACAUGGCUUCCAAUGACACUACUGUUGCCCCGACAAUGCCUAGUCCAUCCCCUACACCACCCACUGACCCCUCAACAUCAGCAGCUCCUUCUGCUCUCCCCACCCAGGGGCGUGGCUUUGCUAGAUUGGCCAAAAAGGUGAUUCUUGAAACGAGGAAGAUGAAGGAGGAGGAGCAGGAAAGGGCAGAACGGGAAGAGGAAGCUGCAGAGGAAGAUUUGAGUUUUGAGGAGUUGGUCGAGAGAGCUAAAGCUGGAGAUCCUAAAGCUCAGAGCAGUUUAGGUAAACACUACCUUAAUCUUGGGGCAGAGUCAGACGCUGAUGUAAAUAACAGACUGGCUGUCGAUUGGUUAGUAAAAGCAGCAAAACAGGGACGAAGAGAUGCAGCUAAACUACUGCAACUUUGCUGGAUCCAGAGAAAAGGUAUCACCCCUGAAAAUGAGGAAGAAGUGCGAACCCUGUCGAGGGAAUCAAAGUUUGAGCAAGCAGUUCGGAGAGCAGCCAUGAUGAUGUACUGGAAACUGAACCCAGACAGAAAAGAGAAACUGGAUAAGAGUGAGAUACUGCAGAACUUCAGUCAAGUCAAUGCUGAUCCAGAAAGCAGGUAUAGUGGAGCUCCAGAUGUGCAGACUCAGAGGAAAAUUCUGGAAUCCAUGGUGUCUAAUCAAAAAGAUUCCUCAUUUAUGGAUGUAGAAGGUUUUGUGGAAAUGACAAAAAAAUACACACAGAACAUCACACAUACUGGACAGGGAAAUGAGACAGAGACAAACGGCGCAACAGGAGGAAUGAGGGAGUGGAACCAUAUAACAGCACUCGAUAAGGAACAGAAGGAGGCGUAUCCUGUUCCUCAGAAGAAGAGCAGCUGGCCGGGCCAGAUGAUGCUGGAUACCAAACACAGCAUGAAGAAGGCCAUGGACAUUAAAUCAUACUUUUUGGGACUGCAGUACCCACUUCACCUGAUCCUGGAGAUGAAGGAGCACCUGAUCGACUGGGCGUCUCGUGCAGGAGUGCAGUGGUUGAGCACCAUCAUUCCUACCCAGCAUGUAAACGCCCUUGUUUUCUUUUUCAUCAUCUCCAACCUGAGCGUGAACCUCUUUUUCUUCUUCAUCCCUUUGCUCACUUUCUACCUGGCAUUCAUCUCCAUGGCCAUCUGCACCUUGCGCAUCUUCCGAAGCAGUAAAUGUUGGCAGAACUUCAGUGCCCUGGCAGCUUUGCUCAGGCAUUUUGAACCCGAGUUAGACGUAGAGUCUCAUUUCGGGUGGAACCAGCUGGAGCAGCACCUAUACUUUUUGGUUUCUGUGUGUUUUGUGAUUUUCAGCUUCCCAUUGGCAGAUAAACGCUGGAUCCCAUGUUCUGAGCUUUGCACAGUUGCUAUCAUAUUCACAGCUCUGAGUUAUGCCUCUCUGACUCCAGCCGCGGCUUCAUACACCCGCUGGGCACUCAUCAUUGAGGUGGCAUCUUCGCUCUGUGGCCUGACCAGUCGCCUUCCUGAGGAUUUUGUGAUGUUGAGGAUUCUGGGCAGAACAUUUAUGACGGUGCCUAUUGGAGAGUCGGUGGUGCUGACCAUCAGCCUGCCAUGUCUGCUGUACAUUUAUCUGUUCUACCUAUUUUUUAGCAUGGCACGUAUGCACGGAUUCCGAGGAACCUACUGCUUCCUGGUCCCAUACCUGGUGUGUUUCAUGUGGUUGGAGUUCUCUGUGGUUCUCCUGCAGCACUCAACUCUGAUUGGUCUGAUUCGCACCUGCGUGGCCUACUUUCUCAUUCUUUUUGCUUUGCCCGUGCUGGCGAUGGGCUUGGCGGUCAUGUUGGUGAUCCAGAUGGUGAAGUGGUUUGUGGAACUGGAGCUGACAAAGCUGAUGGUGACGUUGGCAGUGUGCGUGGUUCCCGUUACACUCCGCCUGUGGACUCGGUUCAGUUUAUCGAUUCUCAGCGUCUUACGUUCGGUUACACACAGGGGGCCGGUGAAGCUCAUUUUGCUGUGUUUGUUUGCCGUCCUGCUGGUUUGCCUGGGUUACGUGUACAGCGCAGAAGGGCUGAAGGUUUACAACUCCACGGUGACCUGGGAACAGUACGACUCAGUGUGUGGGCCGUCAGCAUGGAAAGAGCAAGGCAUCACUCGCACUCAGAUCAUAUGCAGCCAUCUAGAAGGUCACCGUGUCACCUGGCAAGGGAAGUUUCAGGGGGUCAGAGUUGCCGAGACAGAAAACGGUGCUCAGUCACUGAUCAACCUGCUGCCGGUGUUUAUGGCCGACUGGCUGCGCUGUCUCUACGGCAAUGAGUACCCAUCCUGUGAGGGGCGCAAUGAUACUACACCUGUGCAGAAUCACAUGAACGUUAACGCAUCAGUUCUUCUCCAAAUGCAGGAGGAAGAGGAGCUCUGCCGCAUCAAAUCUGUCGCUAAACAUCGCUGCCACGUCAAACGUUUUGAUAAGUACCGCUUUGAGGUGACCGUCAGGCGACAAGUAUCCAUGGGCGAGCCUGAAGACAUCGAAGGAGACAUUCUCCUUCUUGCCAGCCAUGAGUUUAAACAGGUCCUCCUGAACCUGGAUAAAGGAAGCAUGGUGGAGUUUAGCACCAAACUGGAGGGGAAACUGGGAUCCAAACAGCCAAGAUUUGAACUGAAAGCUAUUAACUGUCUGGACUGUAGUUCAUCACUGCUGCCUGAAGGGGGCCAGGUUAAAAUUGAACGGAACUGGAGAAAAAGUGUGCAGGCUGCCUUGAAAUUUGCUUUCGAUUUCUUCUUCUCACCCCUGCUUUCUGCCAGGAUCAGGGUCUGAUGGAAUGUGAUGCCAAGAUAAAGAGAACUGCUGAUUAAAUGUUAGUUUGAACCAUCGGUGGAAUGCUUGUUGUCCAUUUGCUGUGAUGGCUUUGUUUUUUUUUGUUUUUUGGCUGGUUUUAGUGUGAAGUCAUAAAAUUCAUUUCAGAAACAAACCGCAGAUGUGAGAAGAUAUUUGCUGGAAGUGUGGUUGGUUUUAAUUUUUUUUGGUACCACAUGGACAGUAUGCUAUAUUUUUGGACAUUUAUAAAAAACAGUGUUCGGAUGUAGUUAUUAAUAGAGCAGCAGACUUUUAAAACUAUAACAUUUUAACUGUUAUUAAAAUUAUAUUAUAAAUAAAACUUCUUUUUUUACCCCCCUCAAUUUUCCUUGCAUUACGUUCUCUCUACUGAUGUUGACCUUCACUCUGACUGAGGAGAGCCAUGACUAACAAAUGCCCCCUCCGACACAUGUGCAGUAGCCGUCUGCAUCUUUUCACCUGCACGAGGUGAGUUCAUAUGUGGAUCAGCUUCGUGUACAGAGAGACACACUCUGAUCCUCAUUAUCCCUCGGCUUUGUGUAGGCACCAUCAAUCAGCCAGCAGAGGUCGUAAUUGCAUCAGUUAUAAGGAAUCCCCUCCGGCACCCCACCUUGUGAACAAUGGCCAAAAUAAAACAAUUCUAACUCUAAUUUUAAAUCACCAGUAAGUUCAUAUAAAGACAAAUGUAUGAUAUUGGUACUGGAUCACUAAUUCGCUUGUGGACAUGCCUUCCUACAUAGUGUGGUAGGCAAUUUCAGACACACUCAUUGCUAACGGGUGUAUAAAAAGUAUUUAUAUGUAUCAUUUUUUUAUGAGACCUGAAUAUUAAUGCCCAUAGUUUUGUAAUCGAAUUUCCAACAGCAGUACAGUUCAAAGUCCACAUUCAUUUGUCCAUAUAGUGUAUUAGUUCUUUCUCUGCUAUUCUUUAUCUUGGCUCUAUCUUUUCUUAAAGUGUUUACUGAAGUGUUACUC